GCCUCCACUCACAGUGAUCCUCCUGCCUCAGCUUCCCAAGUGCUGGGAUUACAGUCGAUUGCAUCUGCAGACAUGGAUUUUAACCAGUUGGAGGCAUUCUUAACUGCUCAAACCAAAAAGCAAGGAGGGAUCACAUCUGACCAAGCUGCUGUUAUUUCCAAAUUCUGGAAAAGCCACAAGACAAAAAUCCGAGAGAGCCUCAUGAACCAGAGCCGUUGGGAGGAUGGACUUCGGAAUCUGAGCUGGAGAGUUGAUGGCAAGUCUCAGUCAAGGCACUCAGCUCAAAUACACACCCCUGUUGCCAUAAUAGAGCUGGAAUUUGGGAAACGUGGACAGGAAUCUGAAUUUCUAUGUUUGGAAUUUGAUGAGGUCAAGGUCAACCAAAUACUGAAGAAGCUCUCAGAAGUAGAAGAAAGUAUCAACACACUGAUGCAACCAGCCUAACUGAAGAUGAUGUAGGAAAGAGUUGGAAUUAUAAAACAAAGGUGUUUGUAAUCCCUCCCCACUUUUUACAGUCCUGUUCCCCCAUUGGUAAUAAAUCCUCAAAGUCAAAUUUUA